UUCACUCCGGCUGCUGCCGCCGCCUCGCGCGCUCUUGCCCUGCAGCUACGGUCCCUGGGGGCUGCUGGUCCCAAGUACCAUGUGUGACGGCGCCCUGCUGCCCCCUCUCGUCCUGCCCUUGCUGCUGCUGCUGGUGUGGGGACUGGACCCGGGCACAGCUGUCGGAGACGCGGCGGCCGACGUGGAGGUGGUGCUCCCGAGGCGAGUGCGCCCAGAGGACGUGCACCUGUUGCAGCUGCCUGGAGCUACAGGGCCCCGAAGGCGGCGGCGUCCCCGAGCAUCCUCAGCCACUCUGCGCACCAGGCCGGGAGAGCGCGCCCUGCUGCUGCACCUGCCCGCUUAUGGGCGCGACCUAUACCUGCAUCUGCAUCGCGACCUGCGCUUCCUGUCCCAGGGCUUCGAGGUGGAGGGCCGGGGCGUUGCCGGGCUCAGCGGACGCCCGGCCGAGUUGUGCUUCUACUCGGGCCGAGUCCUUGGCCACCCGGGCUCCCUCGUCUCCCUCAGCGCUUGUGGCGCCGCCGGCGGCCUGGUUGGCCUUAUCCAGCUUGGGCAGGAGCAGGUAUUCAUCCAGCCCCUCAACAAUUCUGGGGACCCAUUCAGUGGACAAGAACAUCUGAUCAGGCGCAAAUGGUCCUCCACCCCCAGCCCAUCCACCAAGGCGGAGGGACCCAGGAAACUCUGCAAGGUUGUGACAGAAGAGAAGCUUCGGAAGGGCAAGGCAUCGCGGGACUGGAGGGAGCGAAGGAAUGCCAUCAGGCUCACCAAUGAGCACACAGUGGAGACCCUGGUGGUGGCCGAUGCUGACAUGGUGCAGUACCACGGGGCAGAGGCUGCUCAGAGAUUCAUCCUCACUGUCAUGAACAUGGUAUACAACAUGUUUCAGCACCAGAGCCUUGGGAUUAAAAUUAAUAUUCAAGUCACCAAGCUUGUCCUGCUACAGCAACGCCCAGCCAAGUUGUCCAUCGGGCACCAUGGUGAACGGUCCCUGGAGAGCUUCUGUCACUGGCAGAACGAGGAGUACAGAGGAGCGCGGUAUCUCGGCAACAACCAGGUGCCAGGAGGGAAGGACGAUACACCUCCUGUGGAUGCCGCUGUAUUUGUGACCAGGACAGAUUUCUGCGUUCACAAAGAUGAACCAUGUGACACUGUUGGAAUUGCUUACUUAGGAGGUGUGUGCAGUGCUAAGAGGAAGUGUGUGCUUGCCGAAGACAAUGGUCUCAAUUUGGCCUUUACCAUCGCUCAUGAGCUGGGCCACAACCUGGGGAUGAACCAUGACGAUGACCAUUCCUCUUGUGCUGGCCGGUCACACAUCAUGUCAGGAGAGUGGGUGAAAGGCCGGAACCCCAGCGACCUCUCUUGGUCCUCAUGUAGUCGAGAUGACCUCGAGAACUUCCUCAAAUCGAAAGUCAGCACCUGUUUACUGAUCACAGACCCCAGGAGCCAGCACGCCGUGCGCCUCCCACACAAGCUGCCAGGCAUGCACUAUAGCGCCAAUGAGCAGUGCCAGAUUCUGUUUGGCACCAAUGCCACCUUCUGCAGAAACAUGGAGCAUCUGAUGUGUGCUGGGCUGUGGUGCCUGGUAGAAGGAGAUACAUCCUGCAAGACCAAGCUGGACCCUCCCCUGGAUGGCACUGAGUGUGGGGCAGACAAGUGGUGCCGGGCUGGGGAGUGUGUGAGCAAGACACCCAUCCCGGAGCAUGUGGAUGGGGACUGGAGUCCAUGGGGCACCUGGAGCAUGUGCAGCCGGACAUGUGCAACAGGAGCACGCUUCCGGCAGAGGAAAUGUGACAACCCCCCCCCUGGACCUGGAGGUACACACUGCCGGGGUGCCAGCGUGGAGCAUGCCGUGUGUGAGAACCUGCCCUGCCCCAAAGGUCUGCCCAGCUUCCGGGACCAACAGUGCCAAGCCCAUGAGAGACUGAACACCAAGAAGAAGGGCCUGUUGACAGCAGUGGUGGUUGAUGAUAAGCCAUGUGAACUCUACUGCUCGCCCCUUGGGAAGGAGUCCCCGCUGCUGGUGGCUGACAGGGUCCUGGAUGGCACACCCUGUGGACCCUACGAGACUGACCUCUGCGUGCACGGCAGAUGCCAGAAAAUCGGCUGUGAUGGCAUCAUCGGGUCAUCAGCCAAAGAAGAUCGGUGUGGGAUCUGCAGUGGGGAUGGCAAGACCUGCCGUGUGGUAAAGGGUGACUUCAGCCACUCCCGGGGGACAGUCAAGAACAAUCUUUGUACGAAGGUGUCCACGUGUGUGACGGCAAAGACGAUUCCCAAGUGUUUCUCAUGUUAUAUCGAAGCUGCUGUCAUUCCUGUGGGAGCUCGGAGGAUCCGUGUGGUAGAAGACAAACCUGCACACAGUUUUCUGGCUCUCAAAGACUCCAGUAAAAGAUCCAUCAAUAGUGACUGGAAGAUCGAGCUCCCCGGAGAGUUCCAGAUUGCCGGCACAACUGUCCGCUAUGUGAGAAGAGGCCUAUGGGAGAAAUUUUCUGCCAAGGGACCAACCACAGCGCCACUGCAUCUGAUGGUGCUGUUAUUUCAUGACCAGAAUUAUGGAAUUCACUACGAGUAUUCCAUACCUGUAAACCAGAGUGCCGAAAAUCAAAGUGAGCCUGCCAAGCCACAGGAUGCUCUGUUCCUCUGGACCCACAGUGGCUGGGAAGGAUGCAGCGUUCAGUGUGGAGGAGGGGAACGCAGAACCAUCGUGUCAUGCACAAGGAUUGUAAACAAGACCACAACCCUGGUGAAUGACAGUGAUUGCCCCCAAGCAAGUCGCCCUGAGCCCCAGGUGCGAAGGUGCAACUCUCACCCAUGCCAGUCACGGUGGGUGGCAGGUCACUGGAGCCCCUGCUCAGCGACCUGUGAAAAGGGCCUCCAGCAUCGGGAUGUGACUUGCGUGUACCAGCUACAGAACGGCACCCAUGUCACCACUCGGCCCCUCUACUGCUCAGGUCCCCGGCCAACACCAGUGCAGAGCUGUGAAGGUCAGGACUGCCUGUCCAUCUGGGAGGCAUCGGAAUGGUCAGAGUGCUCGGCCAACUGUGGUAAAGGGACCCAGAAACGAACUGUGACGUGCACCAACUCGCAAGGUAAAUGUGAUGCAUCCACAAGGCCAAAAGCUGAGGAGGUGUGUGAAGACUACUCGGGCUGCUAUGAGUGGAAAACUGGGGAUUGGUCUAAGUGCUCAUCCACCUGCGGGAAGGGCCUGCAGUCCCGUGUGGUACAGUGCAUGCACAAGGUCACUGGGCGCCAUGGCAGUGAGUGCCCCACCCUCUCCAAGCCUGCAGCGUACAGACAGUGUCACCAGGAGGUCUGCAAUGACAAGAUCAAUGUGAACACCAUCACCUCCCCUCGCCUUGCUGCACUGACCUACAAAUGCACACGGGACCAGUGGACAGUGUACUGCCGGGUCAUUCGAGAGAAGAACCUCUGCCAGGACAUGCGGUGGUACCAGCGCUGCUGCCAGACCUGUAGGGACUUCUACGCAAACAAGAUGCGCCAGCCACCUUCUCCACCAAGCUCAUGACACACAGUCUAGUGCUUGUUCAAUGCUCCCAAUGGAAGCCUGAGGCCUGGCAAUUAGUGAGUGGAGAGCCCCACCCCCACCCCAAUACACACCAGCCUUGCAGCCAGGACACCCAAAGCAUUCCUCUGCUCCCUGAAUAAGGCUGCCUCAAGAAUCCAGUUGCAUAGAGUUUGAGAGUGGACUUGACAUUGCCAUUAGUGCUUGACCUUAAUAUAUUGCUCGCAGCCACUGGAUGGCUUUCUAUGGUAAAGAAAAAAUACACGAGUCACAAAAUAAUUUUAAUUUCCAAGCUACUAUGUACCUCAGAGGGGGACACCUCUGGCAGAUAAUUGUUGAGAGAGGCAUCGUUAGUGCUUCUGUCCUGGCUUGCUUUUGACAUCUGAGCUCCCAGGGCUUGAUGGACCUCUCAUCUUGAAGAUGAGACAUCAUAUGUUAAAAAAGGCUUUCUCUUGAAAGCCAGCAACACUCCUGGUGGAAGGAGAGGCAUUAACUGGCCUCUGCUAAUUGUGUCUCUGGAAAGGGCUGGUGCUGGAGCCAACAUUCCAUUCCAUCACCUUCCUGAGAACUCAAGAAUCAAGACUUUGCCUCUGUCCAUCUCUAAGAACAUAGUCUUGAAAUUCUGGACCUUGCCUUAGAUGUCUUGUUCCUGAGAGUUUAAAUCUGCAUAGACCAGCAGAAAAUACAGUGCCACAUAGUUCUGAAUGCCACUCGUGUGGGAAGAACAUUCUGGAAGGGCUGGGUUUGGGGAGUCAUCUACUUUUCAGAGUGCUGCUGUGUACCUCAUAGGAAAACAGGAGAGUCAAUCUUCAAGGUGCUGUGACAUGGUCAUGCACAUAUGGUGGCAAUGGGAUUGAUUCCUGACAAAAAGGUGCCCUCAGUUUCCUUAGGGGUGUGUGAGCUCCCACUCCUGGGUUUCUACUCUAACCAGCACUUCGGAAAGCUUUGAACCUUGUGUACAUGCUGCAUCUCAGUCAAGUAGUUUUCCAUUAACCUUGGCCUUUCGUCUGAGGACAUCUGAGUAUGCACAUCAGUCAGUCCUGGGAUCUGCAGCAUCUAAGCACAAGGCCAAGUCCUGUGGAGGAAAAGCACCUGGCUGGUAUCCUGCACUUCCAAGCCUUCCCCUAACUCAGACCUCACACUGCCUUCAUCGUUCACAGCCAUCAUCACUGACCAUCUCAGCCUUCAAGUGGCAAGGAAGAGGCUUUGGGUGGAAAAGGUCCUCUCCUCCAUCCCUAAUUCCUUCACCCUCACCAUAGAACUUUUCUAUCUCCAAAAGCCCAGAGAAGUGAUGGGAUGGAGCUCUCUGCCAGCACAGCAAAGGAUAAGCCUCUGGCUGUUCCUAGAGGCUUGUUUUGCCCCCUUCUUGGUGGGUUUUAUGGGUACUUAUGUCUCAACUACCUUGAGAGGCCCAUCUUCUCCCUGGUGUCACACAAAAACUCACUUGGGGCAGUUUCCAUUGGAUCAUCUCCAAAGACUUCUUGAUAUAUUGGUGCUCUUUCUGUUUUAGUUUGGGGUUUUUCCCAGUGUUUACCAGCCCAUCACAGAGAUGUGGUAGGGAUGGCAGGAAAUUUAUUUGGUUCCACUUGAAUUGGAAAGGAGUGUCAAGAAACCUCCUCAGGUGCUCUGUAAGAAUGUUGGGAUGGAGUUGCCCACUGCAGUGUAACUUGCUAGCCUUCACCCCAGUGCUAAGCUAAGCACAGUGCCCUCCAGCUCAGGUCUAGCCAUCAGCAGACUCCACAGCCUGUUUCCAACAAAACCCACAAAUUUCAGGGGCUUGGGGAAAGAGCUGCUGUCAAUUCUCUCCAAACCCAACACGCUCUACUAAUUCACCGAGAGACCCUUUUUGGAGCCUAAACGCAAUGAGAGAGCCAGGAUAACAAACUAAGAAAGCCAUGACUUUCUUUCCUUGAAGGUCUGCAGGAAGACCCAAGCAGGUGUGAACAUGUGCCUGUAGUGAGCACUUCCCCUCCUGCUUCUGAUUUGCCCCCCUGGCCACCUCCCACACAGGACCCUCACUCUAUUAGUGCUAAACACCUCAGCCUCCCCCCAAAUCCAUGAGCUAUCUGAGCUUUGCUAGCAUGUGCAGGCACUGUCACUUUGAAAUCCACCUGCCUGCCUAGGUACAUUUGACAGAGCCCUUGAAGCUCUACAGUCACAAUGGUGACAUUUCUGUGUUAAACCCUGCACUGUCACGCGAGUCCUAUACCUCUGUGGUUGCACAGAUGUGUUGCUCACCAGUGUCUCAUGAUCUUAUGGUGCUAUUCUUUCUCAUCGGUGCAAAAUGACCAUGGCUUGAUGGAUCAGAACACAAGAAAAGAGUUCCCACGACCAUCUUACGUUUGCCCUUUUCUUUUGCAUUUCAAAGUCGAAUGUAUAUAUUUCCCACUAGUUAACUUACACUAUGUACUGUGCCCUUGGUAUUAUUGUUUUGUUUUCCUGUUGGUGCUGGUUAUAAAAGAAAACAAAGGAACAGAAGGCAAACAUUAGAUGCCAUUAUGUAUGAAAAAUUGAUCAUUUCAUUGGAAGCAAGUUG